AGUGAGUUCAACCAAAAAGGCCGACCUCUGGUGUCGAGUGCCGCGCUGAAAGCGCGCUUCUUCCGGCAGUGCAAGCACGGGUCCCCGGCGGGCCAGAGCGGCUACCGGCCCCCCGUCUGCGAGCACCGGCUGACGCUGUACAUCCUGCCCAGCCUGCUCCAAGUGGCAGCUUUCCUGUACGGCUUUUACAUGUUCCGCAUCAUCGGAGUGGACGAGGAGCUCUACGCCAUCAUGGAGAGGGUGUUCCUGCAGUCGUCUGCCUAUUUUACAGAACGGAUCAUCAUCACUGUAACCAGGAGGUUUCUGGCCGCUGCCAUUCUCUGGACUUUUAUGCAAAUUGCGGUACAGGCACUGUACAACGCGGCCCUCGAGACCGAAGCGCAGCUUCUGCAUCGAGCAUUCAACGAUCUGUCCGAGUGGAACACACUCCUACUGGUCGGCCUUCGGAUGCUUGGUCAGCUGGUGAUGACCGUCGUCGAAAUGGCGGUUCUGCUCAACUACUGCACCCAGUGCGAAAUGAUCAUCAUCUACCUUCGGGGUGUGGCGCUGCGCCUCCGGGAAAAGCGCAUCACCCUCAGGGAGGGCAUGCACGAACUGUUGGCCAGUCACGACUUCGUCAGUCACCUGAACAGAAACCUGGGGAAGGUUGCAGCUCUCUUCAUAAUCAACUUUGUAAUUCACGCCCUAAUAGGUAUCUUCUUAUUUCUACUGAAUGACAACAAAAAGGCGACCGUGUUGGCAUACCGAGCGUCUUAUCCAAUUGCGUGGAUCUUCGCGAUGUUCCCGCCCCUGCUUCAGGCCUCACGAGUGACGGCCAUCGGGCAGAAGAUCUCCAAGAUCAGCAUCGAAGCGAGAGUCUUCGGGUACCAGGACGCACAGGAUUUCGACUUGGAUUCUUUUGUCCUCUUCGUGGGAAACACCAAACUCAGAGCCAAGAUGUUUGGGGCACUAGUCAAGCCAUCUAGUCUGCUGCUGUUCUUCGGAGGAACCUUCAUGGUGGUCUACAUGCUGGUCAUCUGCGACGUUGUCACAAAUCCCGUCAUGGGGUCGUUCCUGUAAAAAUCGAAGCGUCGGCUAGACGACAGCGGUGGUACACUGCUUCGACAAAGACACACCCUCUUGUCGCUGUGAUUGGUGACGGCUUUCGAUCCUUGCGCGCCCAAGGGAACGACGAAAGCGUGUACACGACGAGGACCAAUGAAACGAGGUCCAAGGCCUGUCAAUCAUCUACGAAACCGAUUCCACGUUCUUCUUUAGCGACGGGUGGCAUCGUCUGCUUCGGCCAUCGUCGGAAACCAUAGCCUCGUGUUCAGAGGGACGACGCCUACAAUGAUCGAACCAGCGGCUGGCGAGUCCAUUACCUCGUAACUGAAGCAACGUCACCCAGGCUUCACCCAUAACCCGAAUGCUGGUUAACCUUCCAGUAAUGCUCCAAACAGUGGUUUCACCCUCGAUGAAGGAUUGCAAACUUUCCAGCAGUUCGGUGCGCUCAGAAAGUUCCAGUAUAGUUCACGCCACCAAAUCUCGAAGCAAGUGACAAGUCAUUUGGCCUCUGCUUCAGUGACAACAACAACAAUAACACACACGCGCUGACAAAAAAAAAAAAAAAAGAAAAAGACAAUUAAACAGGAUUUCAUUGAGCGCUCAAGGACUGCCAGUGGUGUUCCGUUAAAAAACACGUUUAUUUAUUUCAAAUAACUUUACUCCGAUUAGUUUCGAUUGAAUCGCAUAACGUAUUACGACAUUGCUCCCCUCAACACUGGGCGAAACGUGCCCUAUUUGAGCCCCGUUAUUUCGUGGUCAUUGUCUCACUCCUGGGCGAGAUCAUUGCGUCACUGCCAGAGUUGCACUGCUGGCGCAGGACUGGGCAACUGCUCGCCCCAGUCUUCGCGGAGGUAGAGAUAACAAUUUAAAAAAAACACACAAACAUAAAAACAACGGGACGUGUAGAAGAGUCCCCCCCAGAACGGCGGAAAGAUUUAGAUGAUCUUCGGCCUUUGGACGUGUUCUUGGAACCCGUUGGUCCGCGGCUUGCAUCAGCGCUCGGGUAAUGACUUCCGGGCCAGUGUUGGCCGGUCGGACUCGAUUUAGUUGAACGGUCGCGUACAGGGCAGCGAUGAAGACAGCGAUGAAGGCAGCGUGGAAGGCAGUAUCACUUGUGCUCCAGAGAUGAAGCGGCGGCGAAUGGUCCCUCUGCAAAGGCCACGCCAAAUAUACACCCGACAUCACGCCGAUAUGCGUAGGAACGCCGACGCACGUCCCGUUAUCACCGCACAACAUGUAUAGCGACAGCUGUCAACAGAUUAUUGCGUUCCAUUUUCUGUACUACCCCCGCUUCACGGGCACUUAAAAUACCUUCAGAACAAACUCCUUCGAAGCAACGGCGAAUCGGCUCGUGAUCUCCGGGCGCGCCCAUUGGCGUGCGCUGAUUCGCUGUUUUUUUAAAUAGUUUUGAAGGGUUUUUAAAUGCACAAAAGCAGGGGUAUACGAUUUUAUUAGUCGUAAUGACUGAGCAUAUUAAAGGAGUGCCUGAAUAUAUUGUUCUGGAGGUGAGGCGGUUAUCCAGAACAUCAUUAGAAUAGCUUCCCCAUCUCACAAGUGUCUACAGAACAGACAUUCUGUUGACUUGGAACAGUCCAAGUCAACAGAAUGCUUUGUUUGCACGAGAAAUCGCGCAUUAAAGGCACUUUCCAAAGCCACCCGCUCGCGCCCGCGCCUUCGUCGGCACUGCAGACUUUUCUGAGAUGGAGGGCGUGUUCCGCCGAGCGAGGACCAAUACGACAAUUUAAAACAAACUGAGACGACUUCAUGAAGCGAAUAUGCGGCGAACAACCAAGCGGACAUCGCCCGGCGGCACGUUCGCCGUUGCGCGCUCCACCUCGGGUGCACUGUUCUGACGCCGGGCGCAGAGCCAGUGCCGCCGGGCGAAAUUCGUCCGUUUUUCUUUCGCAGCAUAUUCGCUACAUGGAGUCCAGCCUGUAAGGGUGGCAUCAAGACUACUAACUAUCCAGUUAACUUGUACGUGCGAUCUCAACCGCGACUGCAACUCGGUGACGGAGCGAAUGAGUGCCCCGUAUAGAAUGGGGUCAACCCGAGUGACAUGCUGAUACACCCCUUUGCUCUUUGUGCUUGAGACAGCUACGAUUGUAAAAGCCCGCUACGACAGAAAUGUAGAAAAUACUAGACGAAAAUCGCACGAAAAUUAGAACACGUAAAAAAUAGCUCCAUGCGCCACUU